AUGAAUCCAGGGGCUAUUGCGGCUGCUUCGGUGAUGGUUUCUAGGUACCAGUCAGACGAGCACCCGAUCUACCCCAACACCACUGGUGGCAGAGCCUACCCAUACGCAGCUCCACCGCCAGUCCCAGGCUCAUACUACAGCACAUACCCAGGUCCUUCCUCAGACAACCAGCGGCGACGACGGUGCGACACCUUCCUCCGCAGCUUGACAAUCACAAUUAUCGUGGUGAUCGUCAUCAUGGGUGCUAUCUCCUUAAUCAUCUGGCUCAUCAUCCGCCCUCGCGUCCCCGAGUUUCAACUUGACUCGGCAUCCGUCUCCUACUUCAACGUCUCCACAUCCAACCUAACGGCCAAUUGGGAUUUGGGCUUCACAAUUCGAAACCCUAACAAGAAGUUGAGCGUCUACUACGACAGUUUCUUCGUUAACAUGCUAUACGGUCGUGAAGACCUCGCGGAGACGUCGCUGCCACCGUUCGAUCAGGGGACGAGGAACCAGACAACAUUGCGGGCGAAGUUUGCUGCUGCGUCGACCUAUGUGGAAGACAAUGCUGCCAAGUCCAUGGCAGCGGAUCGGAGCCUUGGGGCAGUGAAUUUCAAUGUGAAGCUGGUGAGUUGGGUUAGGUUUAAAUCCGGGGGGUGGAGGACGAAGAGGCAUUUGAUGUCUGUUCACUGUAGGGUCAGGGUCUCGUUUUCAUCCAAUUCUAGGGUUGGGUAUUUGUCCGAUGGAUCUAGAGGAUGUGACGUUUAUCUGUGAGUUGAAGAUGUCUUCUUCUUCUUUGUUAAUUCCCGCCCCUGGCUCUUCAGAUCAUCAAAUUGGU